UGAAGAACUGAAAUGAAAAUAUUAGCUAAAAGGAUGAUUACUAACGUGCAGGUCAUGUUUGAUGAUCAACAAAGCAUUAAUUUCAAAGUAGAUUCUGAAAAAAGAAUUUGUGCUGUUUACCAGAAUAUGCGAACGAUACCAAGGGAAUUGACAGUUAAUUAUUUGCAAGGUGUGGAAAUAUUGGAUAUCAGUCACAACAAUUUAAGGGAUGUGAGCGCUUUGAGUGCUGCAGCAAAACUUCACACCUUAAUCAUAGAUCACAACCUCCUCUCAUCCAGCAAGAACUUUCCAAGAUUAUAUUCUCUCAGUGUACUCUGGGUGAACCACAAUCUAAUCUCGGAUUUGCACGAUUUCAUACCAGGACUGGCUCGUCGGUGUCCGGCAAUCCGGCAUUUAAGCCUCAUGGGCAAUGAAGCUUGUGCUAAUGCACUGACUGGUGCAUCCGAACAAGAUCAGACCCGAUACAGGUGGCUUACCAAGAGAUACUGGACUCCUUUAUCCACCACCUGCCCCACCGCCCACAUCGCCCUCACAGAUAUACGCCCUCCUCUUACAACAGAACCUCAGGCCUCCAGAAUGUCCCAUCAUUGA